CCUGCAGUACUGCGAUAAGAUCCACGUAUGUCCUGAGAGUAAGCCCUUCAAGUGCGACUAUGGGAUUUGCAUUCAGGAGGAGAUGCUGUGUGAUGGGUCCUACAACUGCCUUGAUGCUUCUGAUGAGCUUCUCUGUGGCAAGAAGAGCUGCCCGGCUAGUCGACCUUUCAAGUGCUUGGAUGGCGUCUGUAUUUCAAUGGAUAAGGUCUGCAAUGGGGUUAUCGAUGGAUGCCAAGAUGGAGGGGAUGAGAAAAACUGUACGGCAAUACCCUGUCCUGUUGACCGCAGUUUUAAGUGUAAAAGUGGCCUGUGUAUUGACAGCUGGCUGGUUUGCAACAGGAACAACGAUUGCCCAGAUGGAAGUGAUGAAGAGAAUUGCGGGAACACAACUCCCACACCAUCCACCACGGCUCGCACAACCUCCACCACUGCUGCCGUUACACAGCCUUCUUGUGCCAGUGACGAGUUCCUCUGUGACACUACUGGGGCUUGCAUAUCAAUGGACAAUGUGUGUGAUGGUCGCAGAAACUGUGCUGGUGGAGAGGAUGAGGUAGACUGCUCAGCGAGACCCUGCCCCCUCACCCGAGACUUCCGUUGCAACGACGGAACUUGUGUCGCUUCUGACACCAUUUGCGAUGGCUUCUCGGACUGCAAAGAUGAAUCCGAUGAAAUUAAUUGCACACAUACAGAGGAUGAGGAUUACUAUGAGGAGGAAGAUAACUACUAUUAUGAAGAAAAAGGGGAAGAGAAGGAUGGGGAGAAAGAUGUUCCACGGCCGAUGUUCACCACAACUCCGAUGCCAACUGUUGCCGAGGUACCAGUAGACGAAACACUCCCAGAAGUUGUGGACGAGACCUACAACAUUGCAGAUGAAACAGUGGCAGAGGACACCUUCAAGCAGGAGGAUUAUGAGGAUCAUGACAACGUCCCUGAACCCGAACCAGAAGGGAAACCAGAAGAGGAGCAUGAUGAUAAUGAACAUCGCAUGGAUUUCGAGGACACUAAUGUAGAGACUCUGCUAGAGGAUCCCAAAGAGCCAGAGGACAUGAGGCCGCCUUCAGCCUCAAGCGACAGGGGAGCCUCUGCUGCCUCUGCAAAAGUACCCUUGUCAGUCUUGUAUCUAGUGCCUUUGGUUGUUAUCUCUCUGCAGCAAGGAGUGAGAGAGGUUGUGGGGUAAUAUGUGAGGAUACUGCUUUUGAUCAGGUUCCAAUAAUGGAAAAGAUGAUAAAAAAUCAAUAUAUAUGUAUGUGUGGACACACACACACACACGCACACACACACACACACACACACACACACACACACACACACACACACACACACA